AUGACUUCGUUCUUGUAUGAUGCAAAUUUGCUACAGUUAUAUGCGAAGCGGCUCCUUGGCGAUCGCUCCCGCGAUCGAUUCCGACCGCGCGUGGCUCACCUCCUGUUCCCUUUCCCUUUCUAUCUCGUUUCCUUUUUUGGAAAAGCCCACGCGUGCGCGGCCUGCUAUUCCUCUUUUCCCUUUCGCCUACCUCCCCGAGCGCGGUGGUCGCCUUCUCCCACAGAUCCCCUCAUAGGCUCAUACUCCUCCGCCGCAGCUGCCCUGCUGCUUCCCUCCCCCCUCCUUGCUGGCGGCUCUUCCUCCACCGCAGCUGCCCUGCCGCUUCCCUCCCCCCUCCUUGCUGGCUGCUCCUCCCUCGCGGCAGCUGCCAAUACGGCGAGGCUCCACGGCGGCACGGGCGACGCGAGGGCCAGGGGUGGCAGCGGCCAAUACGGCGAGGCGCCGCGCCCGCACGAGCGCCACAAGGUCCAGGGGCGGCAGCGGUCAAGACGGCGAGGCGGUGGCUCUCCAGCGUCCGUACGGCCUCCGGCGCUCGCUCGCCCUUCCUCCUGCGUCUCCUGCCAGCAAGCUUCCAACGGCGCCCGUGUCACCUCCAAGGAUGUCCCGGAGGAGAAAUUCAUCAUCAGAUCACAAGAACCACAGAACAGCAAGGGUGAUAUUCAGAUAGAAAGAAUCCUCAAGAUCCCGGUGCAUUCUUUUUUGCUGUCGAAACUGAAGAAAGAGAGUGCCAGACAACAUCCUGUGUUCAUUUUCUUUUUAAUUUUCUUCCAUGAGAAUCAUGGUUCUGUAAACACAGCAGCAGUUUCAAAAUGGCUCAAAAAGUACAAUGCAUUCUUUGUCAUGUAACAACGUUCCUAAGCUAUUAUUGAAUGAUCACGGUUUUUUUCAACA